AUGGGAGCAACAUGUUGUAAAAGAGAAAGAAAAUCUGAAAGAUUGAAUUCUUUCUUUGCACAAAGACAUCUUUGCUAUGAUAUUGUUAUGCAAGGAAUAUAUUACUGGUUAAACCGGAUUCCUAGAAUGACAAUGGGAGUUAUGCUUGGUGUUUCUCCUGGACCUAUGAGACAUCUCAUUGCUAGAGUUCCUCAGAGAGAUGCUGCAACUCUCCUUCAAGUGAUAAAGAAGUAUGUAAAGCCCAAUAGCAUUAUUCACACAGAUUACUGGGCUGCAUAUGGGGGAUUGACAUCAGUGGUUAAUAUGAACUAUACUCAUAGAACAGUCAAUCACAAUGGUGAUAGGUCUCUGGAAUGA